AAGACUGUCCUCUCCCUGCCCCAGUACCCAGGGGAGUUCCUGCACCCCGUGGUGUAUGCCUGCACUGCGGUCAUGCUCCUGUGCCUCCUUGCCUCUGUCAUCACCUACAUCCUGCAUCAGAGUGCCAUCCGGAUCAGCCGGAAAGGCAGGCACGCGCUCCUCAACUUCUGCUUCCAUGCGGCUCUGACCUUCACUGUGUUUGCUGGUGGUAUCAAUCGCACCAAACACCCCAUCCUAUGCCAAGCGGUGGGCAUUGCACUGCAUUAUUCUACGCUCUCUACAAUGCUGUGGAUCGGAGUGACUGCCAGGAACAUCUACAAACAGGUGACCAAGAAGGCCUUGCCAUGCCCAAGUGCAGACCAGCCACCGUACCCCAAGCAGCCCUUGCUCAGGUUCUACCUCAUCAGCGGAGGGGUCCCUUUCAUCAUCUGUGGGGUCACAGCUGCCACAAACAUCAGAAACUAUGGGACCGAGGAUGAGGACGUGGCAUACUGCUGGAUGGCCUGGGAACCCAGCUUGGGUGCAUUCUAUGGGCCGGCUGCCUUCAUUGCCCUGGUCACCUGUGUAUACUUCCUCUGCACAUAUGUACAGCUGCGACGUCACCCAGAGCGCAGGUAUGAGCUCAGAGAGCGCACUGAGGAGCAGCAGCGGCUGGCAGUGUCAGAGAGCAGCCAUCGGUAUGGGGUACGUCCUGGCACACCACCACCCACCUGUGAUGCCCUGGCUGCCUCACAGCUGCAGAAUGAGCAUUCCUUCAAGGCCCAGCUGCGUGCUGCCGCCUUCACGCUGUUCCUGUUCACAGCCACAUGGACCUUUGGGGCCCUGGCUGUGUCUCAGGGCCACUUCCUGGACAUGAUCUUCAGCUGUCUGUACGGCGCCUUCUGUGUGACGCUGGGACUCUUCGUACUUAUCCACCACUGUGCCAAGCGAGAGGAUGUAUGGCAGUGCUGGUGGUCAUGCUGCCCCUCUAGGGGAGACACCUCCGCCACCAAGCCCAGUGCCCACCCUACACUUGACGCCAAUGGGGAUGCACUGGGCCAUACAGCCUGCCUGCAGGACUCACCAUGCCCUGGAAAACUCAGAGGCUUUGGCCAUCCACCAGCCAGCCACUGUAAGAUGACCAACCUGCAGGCUGCCCAGGGCCAUGUCAGCUGUCUAUCACCUGCCACCCCCUGCUGUGCCAAGAUGCACUGUGAGCAACUAAUGGAGGAAGAGGCCCACAUGCACAUGGCUGAGGAGGACACCUUCCCACACGAUCCCCACCUGCAUGACCCUCACCUGCACAGAUGCAUCAAGGGCAGAACUAAGCCCCACUACUUCAGCCGGCACCAGGCAGCCGAGAGGGAGUAUGCCUACCACAUCCCCUCCAGCCUGGAUGGCAGCCCCCACAGCUCGCACACAGACAGCCCUCCCAGCUCUCUUGAGGGAGCAGUAGGAGUGCAUACAUUGGCCUGCUGUGCCCAAGCUGAUCCCUUCCCCAUGGUCACCCAGCCUGAGGGUGGAGACACUAGCCCUGGGCUCUAUGGCUGUCCCCCACGGCUGUCCCCAGGCCCUGCCCACUUGGAGAUGCUACGAAGGACACAGUCCCUGCCAUUUGGGGGCCCCAGCCAGAAUGGGCUGCUCCAGGGUGAUGUUCGAGAAGGCCUGCCAUUUGGCACUGAUGGGACAGGGAACAUCCGAACAGGACCCUGGAAAAAUGAAACUACAGUGUAA